GUUCUAAAGUUGCGUGUGAGCAAUAUUGUGAUAGAUAAAUCAGUUGAAAUGCACCGUUUCGUGACAAUCUUUGCCGCUACGUUGGCGUUGGCAGCUUGCGCGCCUCAGCCAACAAAUGUCUUCGAAAUUGACAUCAGCCCUGAAGAAGCCCAGAAGUACCUGAACAGUCCACCAUUCACGGAGCCCCAGCUCUCUGGACGUACUGCAGUUUUGCCUCUGGUGAGAUGGAAUGACCCUAGAUUUCGAACAGCCGAGGCUGGCCCCACUCUUGGUCACUACUGGAAAAACGGUCACGAAAUAGAAAAUACAGACGAUUACGUAGAAGAGGUAUACGACGCCUCUCAAUUCCAUGGUCAGGAUGGUCUCGGUGCUUACACAUAUGGAUACAAGGCUCCUGAGUCUGCCAAAGUAGAGAAUCGUGUGCGAUCCGGUGAUGUAACCGGCUCCUACACCUACAAGUCCGGAAACAACGACCUAAUCAAGGUACGCUAUUGGGCGGACAGUGAGGGCUUCCACCAAGAAGAUAACCUCCCGAAAGUUCAACUACAGCCGGCCCAAGAGACCGAGGAAGUGAGACAGGCGCGCCUUGCACAUGAGAAAGCAUGGAAAGAAGCUGCUGAAGCAAGUCUUCACCCUAAUGCUCAGCAAGAUUACUCUGCUAGCUAUCAUGAGUACCAGCCUCAAGCAUCAGAAGUGCAGGCGGUCUCAGCCAGUGCUCCAGGUCUGGAAGCCUCGGUAGCCCGUGAAGGCAAAGCAUACGUUGCACAAGCACAGAGCAGUUUUCAGGGCAAUUACCAACAGCAAUAUCAGCAGCCACAGCUGUAUCAGCAGCAACAGAAUCAAGGACAAAAAUAUCCGGGAACCACAGAACAACCUGAACCCACUGGUCCUCCACGCGGUUUCUUCUACAGUUUCAACUAUCCCGUCUCUAUUAUCGUGCCCAAGAGUGAACAGCAGUCUGGCAAUGUCCACCCCGGUUUUCCUGUCGAUAGCGAUACUGUCUCCGUUAACUCACGCGGUUGAAUAUACGACAAAACAUUGCUACAGAACUUAGGCUUAAUAUGAUUCCUUUGUAGUGCCAUUAAUUUUAUUAUAUUUGGUAUUCAUUUUAGAAAUUUCACAGUGUCUUCUGAUAUUGAUUCGAACGAAUGUGUAUUAUGUCUAAAUUCCAAGAAAUCCUUAUUAGAUUUCUCUUCACUAAAUUAUUAUUUAGUGUUAAGAAAUCGAAUAUGGUACAGGAUAUUAGUUGUAUGUGAUUGCCUAUGGCUAGUCGACAGUGUAAGCUAAGUUCAUUUGUAUGUAGGCGCUGUUUUUUAAUGGCUCAUUAAAAUAUAAAUUGGUAUCUGAUAUGAAUAAUUAUACAACAAUUAUCGAUAUUACUGUUUGAGUACUAGAAAUUCAAUGAAUAAAAACAAUUGCCAUAUGCCACGGCAAUGAAAUAUUUCAGAAAUUACCUUUACAUUAAGAUAUUGUUUUGUGAUAUAAUAUAACAUGAUCGGCGUUUGAAAGUGUAACUGAUAGUUGUUACAUUGAUCAGUCUAUGGUUAAACUCUUGAACCCGGUCAAAAAUUGACAGGUUUCUAUUCAAGAUCUGUUGUAAGUUAAUUUCGAUCAUAUAAGUUAAAUUAGUACAAAAUUAUUGUGUUAAACUAAUAUUGUACUAUUUACUUAAAUAAAUAAUUUUAUCGU